CUGGAGUCUCUUGAGGGAGAUUGAGAAAGAAAGGGGGAGUUGGUGAAACAUUACCUUUUUAGACAGAGAAACAAAGAGAGCGAAUGGGAGUGAUCACAGAUGAAGAGGAAGAGGAGGAGGAGGAGAAGAAGAAGAUGAAGACCAUGUUAGUUGGUGUUACACUGGACACGCGGAGUAGGGAGCUCUUAACUUGGUCCCUUGUCAAGCUUGCUCUACCCGGUGACCAUGUCAUUGCUCUCCAUGUCCUCCCUUCCUCCUUUGAUAAGUCGGAUUCCAAUGUCUUGCUUUCUCUCGCGAAGGAUUUUGAUGCCAUGCUUGGUGUCUAUGAAGGAUUCUGCAAUUUGAAGCAGAUUGAUUUGAAGCUGAAGAUAUGUAGAGGGCCUUCGAUUCGGAAGGCUUUGAUUCGAGAAGUGAAUUGCUUUGGCGCGGCGAAACUCAUUCUUGGUGUUGCUUUGAAUCCUAGAGUUGUUGGGCCAUCCUCGACCUCUAUUGCCAAGUAUUGUGCGAAGAAAGUUGCUCGAGAGUGUUCAGUAUUUGCGGUGAGCAAUGGCAAGAUUAUUUUCCAAAAAGAAGCGGCAGAAAUAGUGAACAGAACCCAGAGUUCAGAAUGUUCAUUGGUUGAUGAAAGCGAGGUGGAUAUCAUCUCCAUUGCUUCUCACUUGUCAUCAAAUGGGUUGGAGAGUGUAAAUAAGAAUGGAUCAAACUGUGGCAGCAUUGAGAUUGAUGAGGCUUCAUCAUCUCAGAGCACCUUGCAAGAAGAGAAUUGUUCUAUCUGCGCACACGAUUGCACGAGCACUGAUACACCUUGUCACGAGCCAAAGGAAGAGGACUUGAAGAAACCAGAGGCUCUGCCAGAAGGCCCAGAAGUCAAAUCUGGUUGGCAGUUCGUUCAGAAGGUAUUGUUGAAUGAUAAGAAGAUUGCUCCCAAGGAUAGGCCAAAGAAAUCUAUGGUGUCAUGGCCAAAGCGGCUGUUGAACCGAAAUUCCAAUCACAAGCUCAACGAAUCUGAAGUUGAUGGCACCUCAAAUAUUGAUAAAGAUAGUGCAUCUGUUUCAUCUUGCUCCUCAGAUACAAUUGAAAAUGUAGGAGAUGUAGCAAAGGAGCUGGAGUCUCUCAGAGAGAAGUAUUCACCUGUUUGCAGAUUGUUCAGCUACAAGGAGCUCAUGCAUGCCACUUCCAACUUCUCGACAGAGAAAUUGAUUGGGAAGGGAGGCAGCAGCAAAGUUUACAAGGGAUGUCUUGCAGAUGGCAAGGAAUUGGCAGUGAAAAUCCUGAAGCCAUCUGCAAAUGCAGUAAGGGAGUUCAUAUCGGAAAUUGAAAUUAUCAACACCUUGCAUCAUAAGAACAUUAUCUCCCUCUAUGGGUUUUGCUUCGAGAACAGCAACCUCAUAUUGGUCUAUGAUUUCUUUUCAAGAGGUAGCUUAGAAGAGAUCCUUCACGGCAACGAAGUUAAAACUAAUACUCUGAAUUGGGCCAAGAGGUACAAGGUGGCCAUUGGUGUAGCUGAGGCACUUGAUUAUUUACAUAGUGGUGGAGUCACUGAACCUAUCAUUCACAGAGACAUCAAGUCAUCAAACAUCCUUCUUUCUGAUGAUUUCGAGUCCAAGCUGUCUGAUUUCGGAUUUGCGAAGUUGGCAUCAUCAUCAACAUCACACACAGUAUGUGAUGAUGUUGCUGGAACUUUUGGGUAUUUGGCCCCUGAGUACUUCAUGUUUGGGAAGGUCAAUGAGAAAAUUGAUGUCUAUGCUUUCGGUGUUGUGCUUCUUGAGCUUCUUUCGGGGAAGAAACCCAUCAACACAGGGUGUCCGAAAGGCCAGGAGAGCCUUGUCAUGUGGGCAAAGCCGGUCCUUCAGGGUGAAAAAGUGAAGCAACUAGUGGAUCCAUGUUUGGGCAAUGAAUAUGAUACUGAUCAGAUGGAGAGGGUAGCACUAGCUGCUUCCUUGUGCAUUAGACAAGCUUCCCGAUCUCGGCCUCAAAUAGCAAUUGUCUUGAAGCUACUUCAAGGAGAUGAUGACAUCAUGAAAUGGGCAAAGUCCGAAGCCAAGAAUUCAACAGAGCUUGAUGGAUUGGAUGAUGAAGCAGCAAGGCUAGACUCUAACAUCAAAUCUCAUCUUACCCUCGCGCUGCAUGAUUUAGAAGACGAUUCACUCUCAGUCAGUAGCACGGAGCUCACUUUUGAUUCUGCAAACACUUCCUUGGAUGAGUAUUUGCGACGGAGGUGUAGCCGUUCACUGAGCUUCGACUAACAAAUUUCUGCUGAUUUUUUUUUUUUUUCUUUCUGAUUGUUGGUGGCGCUAAUUUGAUUAAUUUGUAUAGCGUUUUAUUUUCUGAUUGUUUGUGUGGUGUCUACGUUUCUUCACAACCAAAGAAUGAGAAGUAAAUUAAGAGCGGUUAAGUAUUGAAUGUGUAUUGUCUCAAAUUAUUCAGCUUUACAGCUUUUCGAAGUUGUAACCUUA